UGGGCCAAAGUCAACUUUUAAAGAAUAUGAAUCCAGGCGAGGUCGGUUGUUUGGAUUUGAAAUGCCAUUUGGGCCUGGCGUGGAUGGUGCUCAUCCAAAUCUUUUUCGGCAAGCCCGGUCCGUUCCGGUCCGUUGACAGUCUUCCGUCUUCUUAACCUACGCCAGCAUCCUCUGCGCACGUUAUCGUGCACCACCGCCUCUCGUCUCUCCACUUCCAUCUCUUCUUCCUUUUUGCAACGGAAGCGAAUAUGAAAAUUCAGGAUUACAACCUUUCAAAAUGUCAUGUGGGCCGCGUGACGAAGACAUCUACUGCUACCAGUUUGUUCAAUCCAGGGCAGUCCACUGUCAACAACAAGGGAAGUUGCCGAAGCCCAGGAAAAUCCCCUAGAGGUUGGAGGGAGUUGAUGAGCCUAGAAUGCUCAAUUAAUUACAAGAGGGCCCAAGUCAAUAGGAUAUGCAAGAAGACGAUAGCUGAUAUCACUGCUCCUCAAGAAUCCAAGUUACCGGCAGUGGACAGAGAGAAAUAUGGGACAUCCUUGUCUGUGUUUAUGUGGCGGAUCUAGAAGGAAAGAAGUUCAAAUUAGAAAAAAUUAACUUCAGAUAUUGCUCAGUAAUAUGGAUAAAUUAUUGGAGUUUGGAAGGAAAGCUUGGUUUGUAGUCAGAGUGCUUUCUGGAUACGAAGAGAGAAGAAUUCGAUCUUACAGAUUGCAACUCCAAAGACGUCUUGAACAGGCACAAGAAAGGAAGGCUGCUUUAAGAAGGAUCCCAGAACAGGCUAUUUUAGCAGAGGUUCGCCGCAUGGUUGAGGAGAUGCAAACACUGAACCGAAAGCUGGAAGAAACGGAAGCUGCCAUUGAAGAGUACUUCAAGCCAAUCGACAAGGAGGCUCAGAUAAUAAUGAACAUGCAGCUGGAAGGAGAGGAAAAGACCAUGAGGGAGAUGAUGAAAGCCAUGCAAGAGCAAGCUUUGCUCGAGAAAGCUGCUUUACAGAAGAUUGCGAAAGCUGGUAGUUCAAAUGGAAAUCACCACAACCAAGAUACGGCAUCGAUCCCUGCCACAGUAUCCGGCCCUGCCAGCCAAGCCAAGUAGAUGAAACAAUUAGCACAAACCAACACCAACUAUAGAUUGAAUGCAAAUUCCAUUGGAUAGGAGGUCGAAGGAUGAUUCUCCAAAGUUCUAGCAUUCACAUGGAAUUUAAUUUUUAGGUUUCCAGAGAAGAGUAAGACAGCGGCUAUUCCAGUCAUUUCAUAAGACAAGGUACUUGCUUGUAAUUUAUAGAGAAAUGAGUUCCUUUUCAUUGUUGUUGUUUAAACAUCUUGAAUACAUGUUAUUCUCACAAACUUGGAUGGGUAUGAUGAUUUAUUGGCAAAGCUACCUGAAUUUUCAUUUUGCUGAUCACUGGGGCUAUUUAUACAGUAGCUUGCUAACCA